ACGCCUUCCUUCCCAAAUCUGUAAGGUUUUAUUUGUUUUUGUUUUGACCAAACCUGGCUUGGAAGGCAGAGAGAAAAAAGAACUUCUGUGCUUCCCACAAACAACCCCCAACCAAUCAGUCCACAGACAUUAAAAAGACACACAGCAAAACUCCUAUCUGAUGGUUGGAUUUUUCUGGAACAAGGCCCUCAAACCCCGUCUCCAGAUUACUCUAGGCCCACGCAUGUAGGUCCACUGAGGACAGGUCACCCGCCUCCCCAGCAGCCCUUGCCAAGCUCAGGGCUGUGGCUCACCUUCUCAGGAAGAAGCAGGCAGGGGUCCUUCCUCCCUGUGUCUCCCAGCCUGGGGCAGCCCCCCCGUAGGCGGGCUGUGGGCUCAGGGAGUGGAGGGGCAACCAGUGUGGAUCCACUCACGGAAUGUUCUUUCGGUUUCCAGCCAAGGCUGCUGCAGCUGUGGUGGGAGGAGCCCUGUUCGUGGGGGCUGUGCCCGUGGCCCUGGGCGCCAUGGGCUUCACCGGGGCAGGAAUCGCCGCCUCCUCCUUAGCGGCUAAGAUGAUGUCAUCGGCCGCCAUCGCCAAUGGGGGCGGAGUUGCCGCCGGCAGCCUCGUGGCCACUCUCCAGUCCGUGGGGGCAGCCGGACUUUCCACAUCAUCCAACAUCAUCCUGGGCUCGGCUGGGUCAGCUUUGGGGGCCUGGUUGUGGGAUAGAAAAAAGAAAGCCCCUUCCUCUCCUCCACCGGAAUCCAGUACUGAAGCAGAGAGGGGCUCCUGUGCUGGAGAUGACCCUCCAGGGCCUCAGGAUGUCAGUCCCCCAAAUGACAAGUCCUCUGCCUCCCAAAAUUCUUCAAAGAAGCAUGGGAAAUAAAGACGAGACGCUGAGACCUUCA